AUGGGCAGUUACCUGAGCCGGCCUCGUCGUCCACCUGUGCCUCCAGCUCUCCAGGUGGAGGAUCUGCCGCAGAGGCAGAGGCCGGACCGCCUCCAGCCGGCACAGCUCACCCGCAGGGGACCCGUGGCUUGCCGGGUGCACUCGGCUGACGCUGCCUUCGGACUGGCGCGCAGGCUGUCCUACGAGGAUCGCGUGGCUUCACCCUGUUGUCGCCGUCACCGCCGCCGUCGUUUUGUCGUUGUAUAUCGGAAGAGACUUCCGAAUCAGCUGUUCCAGUGUUUCUUUCAGGGAGUCAUUCCCUCGGCACUUCAGAGUGGCCAUCAGAAAAAGCCGGCACUAUCUGGGUGCAGCUCCAAGAUGUUCUGUACCUCAGUGAUCCUGAAGAUGUCAUCUACUAAGGAGAAAUUGACUCUCGGUUGGGCACUGAAGCAGAGAGUUGUCUAUAUGUGGUCUUCACUGUCUGGUCACCUCCCAAACCCUUGUGUCAAGGAGACCCUGAUGAGGGUCUUCGGAGAGAGAAGUCAAGUGAGAACGCAGGAAGAAGACUUGAAGAUCCUUGGAGAAAUCAAGAAAGGGCCAGUGAAGCAGGAGGAGGACCACAUCAUCACUGAGAGGCGGGACUGUCAGAGAAGAGAUUCUGACGGCAGUGGUCAUGUACAGUCUGCAUUCAGGCCCCUAGUGGUCCAUGGAGCCGUGUCUUCCUUCGUGCCUAGGCCUGGGCCUCUAAAGAGAUACCUUCAUCCCAACAGCUCAGAAGAUAGUCUGUUUAAGAUAUCCCAGGCCCCUUUUAUAAAUCCAUGUAGUAAACGUAAUGCCAUUAUCAGUUCCUAUAGCUCCACUCAAGAUUUCCCAAUAAUGCAGAGAUGUGGUCCAGGUACAACCAGAUUCUCAGGCUCAGCCAUAGUCUAUCCGCAGGUACCUGCAGAGAAAGUGACUGAGGAAAGUCACCAAUCUAGCACAUCAGCUUCACUGGUACUAGAGAAGAAAAUCCAGGGUGAAAAGAUUUUAGAUACUACCUCUGGACAGAAACAACACUUGGGAAAUUGCUUAUCCACACCAGACAACCGCUCCAGGCCUCCUAAACGCAAGAUUCCUCUGCUGCUGCCCUGCAGGCGAGGAGAUCCACUGAUCAUGCCCCCAGCUCCCCAGCUAGGUUAUCGAGUCACUGUUGAGGACUUUGACUUGGAGAAGAAAACUGCGAUCCAGUGGAUCAACAAGAUCUUGAAGGGUAAGACUGAGACAAUCUCAGACCACUGUAUCACGCAGUCUUCCUCUUCUUCCAACCUGCCUUCGGUAGGGAUUACUACUCCAGAGCCAGCUUCUCCAACUCCCAGCAUUAAUUCACUGCAGAAGAGCUUAAGGAAGAUGCAGAAUUCCCCAGGCCCAGUGGCCUUCCCAUAA